CUCAGCACACAGAGGCAACGGGCCGCCACACGCACAAACAACUGUCUGUAAGUGAGGCGCAUCGUCCUCGGAAAAACCCUACUCACUGCCACUAAGAACUCGGGCUGUGCCAUUGGUCAGUCUGUCUGUCGGGCUAUCGGCCACCCGUCCGUUGGCUACUCAUCAUGACACAGUCGAUUGGUAUACACAUGACGUCAUACGGAUGAAGGAGAGGAAGAGAUAUACAUAUAUACAGGUCAAUGCACGUGUGGACGUGCUCGUACUGGACGGAUGUGAUGAGAGAGAGGAGACAUCCAUCCAGCCACUCGCCCACCCAACACACACACUCAAACAGACAGACAUAGACAGACAGACAGACAGACAGACCCAUGGCAGCCAGCAGAGAAGGGGUAAAGCAGUGAGCAGCGAAGAGAAUGGUCACCACGACCCACACAGACCACCCAUGGACUCCGUGUGCAUCGAACAGCCAGGCAGCCAAGCAGCCAGGCAGCCAGUCAGGCAGGCAGGCAGGCAGAUACCACCGCCACCGUCCAAACCCGACAGACACAGAGAACACGGCCAGGGACAUUGUGGUAAAGCCAUUGCUCUCUCCCCUCUCCCUCUCAAUGUGCACUCACUGGCGAAGCCAAAUGAACACACUUCAUCCAUUCAUCUGCACAAGCAGCUCAUGGCCAUCCAUCCAUGACUCCACGUGCCAUCGCAGUCCACGGACACCACAAACGCAAAACAGAAUGGCAGUCAGCCAGCCACUGUUUGUCUGGAGAAUGAGUAGCGAAUUGAUAGGCAGACUCGCCGUGUGAGCCAUUGAGAUGUCUAUGCAGUGCGGCCACCAGCAGUUCCUCCGCUAUCACCUUACCUGACACACACGUCGACAGCCACAAGUCGGAGGGACAGACAGACAGACAGACAGACACCAUUGCGUACGUCUUGUCGGCACCGCCCGCUUGUGUCGGGAGUGGUUGAUGCAUACCUCGGCAGGAAUGUCGGUUGACCUGCCGGUGUCUUGUCGAAGAGCUCCGCUGCGAUGACUGGCCCCAGCACCAAACGCGCCAGCUGAGCGGUCUCUCGGAAGCGGUUCUGAAAGGUCCAGAUCGGACCAAUCAACGGAUCCCGAUCCGGCUCGGUCGUCUCAGCUAAAACCUGCACUGCAGACGAAUGACAGGACGGCACAGCAGAUGAGUGUAAGUAUUGCACCCUCUCUUGGUGAGCUGCGCUGUGCUGCGCUGACCGUAGGUGCCGAUCCGUGAUAUCCGAAGCCAGGCGACGAAUGGGUGGCUGGCGUCUGUCAGGACGAGACGACGCUCAAAUAUGCCGGUGGUAGGGCUGCAGAAUGAUGCGGUUGUACUGCAGCCCUCGACUGGUGUGUGGGGGGACUGCGACAGGAUGGUGUUCAACAGCUGGUUCUCGUCCACACCCCUGCAUGACCGAUGAACAACACACCGAUGUACUCACUCGGUUGUCGCAACGAUGCCCACCCAGAGGGAUGCCCGCCUUACCUUCCCAGCAGAUGGAAAGUGAGAGUCGUCAAAGCCGAUUGGGUCGACUUGAAAUAGUCGAGGAUCUUGUUCUUGACCAGCGACGACGCAGACGAGUAGUCACGAGGAAGAUGCGACCGCCAGCCAUGAGCGCCGUACACGAUUGGGCUCCGGGUGGGUGGGUCGUGGUCCUGCCGAUGCUGCUCGUAGAGGUGGUCGGGAGGGAGGGUCGGUUUGGUCGUCAGCUCGAAGCCAUCCUGGUCCCGGAUGGCCCGCACUGUGUGGCCGCGGUGGAACAACUGGAAGCUGAUGUCGUUGCCGAAGUUGAUGUGGCGGCCGACCACCGUGAGCUGAGCCAACACACGCGGGAGGGCCAAAUACACCUGCACACACAACACACGACCACGGCACACACACGGGGAUUGCCAUUCAUUCCUCCCUCCCUCCCUGGUCGGCUUACGCCUUUGUUUGGGAAUUGGUGCAGGUCGGCCGAAGUGAUCCUCACAGGCAGCUGGCAGAUGCCACACUGCGCCGCCAGCGCAAUCACCUCGCCCGUCUCCUCCCGCACGGCCGCCUCGGCCUCCGCCUCCGUCACACACACGGCGGCCAGCAGGCCACCCUCAUCUAUCUGGUCGUCGAAUGUCAGCAGCUCCACCACAUUCCCAUUGACCGUCCGUCGCGGCAAGGGCUUUGUGCUGAGUGUGUGUCUGAGCCGCAGCCGCAGCUCAUCCACGCCGAAGAAGUCCCUCACCCAGCGGCAGGUUGCUCUGAGCUGCAGUAUGUCCUCGGCCUGCAGCAGGAAUGCGCUGCGCCGGCUGGCCGGGGAGGCUGCGGGCGGGACGCAAAGGUACCACAGGGAAUGCCACAGCUGCUGCUGCUCCUGAGCAAGGCGUCAACGCAGCCACAAACAGAAGAGGGGGUGCCAUCGACGUCUGUGUGUGUCGUGUGCUGGCUGACCGACCCGGAAACGUUUCAGCCAUCUCAUGGCUAGGUAGCGACGGCAGCAGGAUUGGAUGUGUGUCUACGGGUGGGAAAAGGUCAACAAGGGGGUUGCUUCAUGUGUGUGUGGACGAGCCAGGCCCAGCCGCUACCCGCUCACCGCCUUGUCGCAUCUCCGUUUCUGUAUGUCCUUGAGCUCCCUUUCGGAUUUUGCCACUUGUCGCCCUUUGUAACCUUCAUUUCACAGACAGACAGACAGACACAGACGUGGCGGUGCGGUCUCGGCUGUCUGUCUGACUGACCUCUGUAGAAGCUCUGUAUCUUGAGUGCCUUUGGCGUCACGGCAGCCUCAUAGGCGAGAAGGUCCUUCCGGUAGCGCUUUAUUCUGCGGCUGAACAAGCCCCUGGCGCAACGCUGAAUUGUGACCUGCACGGACCACCCAACAAACAAACACAGCAAACACACGGCCGCCCCCUUGACGUGUGUGAAGAGCCACUCGUCACGCCCCAUCUCCCUCCACUGCUCACCGCAGCCAGGUCCCUGUCCAUCACCGCCGUCAUGCAGAUCUGCCGAGAGCGGCAGAUGGGCGAGAUAGGAGGCGGCGGAUGGCCUGACCGGAGAAGACGCGCUGUUGCUUGGUGUUGC